CAUGUAAAUGUACUACGUACGGUUAGUGCGAAAUUUAAUAUUAUGUAAUUUGUUCAUUCAGUGACCAUGAACAUAGCUGCGACGAGUAGUGAAAGUGCUUCGAGUAUACGGACGUUAGUUCUUUAGUCGCAGUAGACGCUGAACAAUAUCACGUUAUUCGUAGAUAUUUCAUAUAGAAUGGCAUAUUUUCCUCAAUCUCUGGUAUUGAAAACUGAAGAGACUUGUGGUGGAGAUGGUGCUGUAUGUGCGAAUGAGGAGACUGAUAGUGACGACAGUGGAAGUGAUGCUACUCGAAGGACAGACCAGCAUAUUCCAGAUGGAUGUGGCAGCAACAGUAGUCAAGUCACAGAAGAAUCUCCUUGUAAUACACAGAAGACAGAGACCAACAGUCUGCUUGGCAGUUAUAUCACUAAAGAAUAUGAGCUGCUGCAUUUAGUUCUGAGUCAUUUACCUCUUGGAGAUCUGAAUGCAGCUUCUCAAGUUUGCAGAACGUGGCGUUCUGCGGCAGCUUCUGUUAGACGCAGUCGAAUACAUCCACACUGGCUACUGUGGCAUGGUGGUCAGCGCCAGAAAAUACCAGAACAACUGUAUGGAAUUAAAAGCGUGAAGUUUGCAGAGGCUGAGUUUCCGUAUGUGGCUUUCCGUGAGCAUGUAUAUAGUGAACCAUCCUUGGCCCUUAUGUUUGCAUCACGAACAGUGUUUGGGACUCGUGUUCUCUGCACAUAUAAAUGCUCUUGUCCAGGUGUUACUGCAAGACGUAAUGAUGAAGAAGUUUGUCAUCAACACAGAGUAUGGGAGUAUGUGCGAGCUGAACUGCAGCCAUCUUGUCCACUCAUAUGCCUUAAAGGGUAUGGUAUUGUAGGCACCAUACCUGAUCUCACUGAAACAGUGGAACUUGAGAACUCCCGAGCCUACUCAGUACUCCUCCUCCCAGACAUGCCUGGAGUUACUUUUCGUACCUUUCAACUGGACAAGAGUCAAGUUACCAAACUUCAGAGAAGUAAACCGCAGGGUCUGAAUGCAGAAGUCAUGGAGGAAUUGACAGGAAUCCCAACAGAUGAAUCUGUACAAUGUCUACUGCUGUUCUGCCGUGAGGCUGUGUUGCUGAUACCUGCAAUUAUCCAUCUUGUUUCUUCUUUGCAAAACAGGCAAGAAGAGACUAUGGCUGUUGCCGGUGGCAUAAUUAGUGAUGUCGGUGGUUUCAGUGAUAGUUUUCCUAUCAUGGUGGGUGUAGCAUUCUUGGGUGAAGGGGUGUGUGUGGCUUCAACAAUCCUAGGUCGAAAUGUUGCUACUGAAAGGGAUGUAGACAAAGCCAUGCAAGAGCUUAAGGCACAUACAGUUUCUAGUUAUAGCAGCAGUGUUGGAUUGAUGUUCGCAUGUGUGGGUAGAGGAAGACACCAUUAUCAAGGGAAGCGAAAUGUGGAAUCAUCAGCAUUCAGGAGGCAUUUUCCAAAAACUCCCCUGCUGGGAUAUUUUGGCAAUGGAGAAAUAGGAUUCAAACUUUUGCCAGAUGUUACAGGUAGCAAGAAGUCAGUCGAUGGUCCUACAAGAGGAAAUAAAAAGAAACGCACAGACACACCUGACAUUCUACAUUCCUAUACAACCAUCAUGGUUCAUCUUGCAUUCACUGGUAGUAAUACAAGCAGUCACAGUCGCCGGUGAGAAAAGGGAAUAAAACCUCCUUCCUCAGCUCAGGGACCCUUGUCUUCCAAAAUCCAGCGCAAUAAUCUAGUCAAUUUUUGGAAGUGGAGGGUCAGGUCAAGUAGGGUUAAUAACGAACCAACAUUUUGAUGAAAUUUUUCAUUUAGUACAGAAUUGUUAUUAUGCAUAAUUCAGAUUACUGGACAGACAGUAAAAUUAUUGAGGCUUUUCAGCACAGUGUGUCUUGAGUGUAACAUUUUAAUUUCUCAUUCUCUUUCUGUUAGAACAUUCAAGUGUCUGAAUGAUCGAACUUUCAUGAAUUCCUUUGUGGCAUGAACUUUUCUCAUGUAAAAAUAUUAGUAGCAUAUGAAAAAUAUACAGUAAAACUUG